GGAGCCUAAACAUUCAAGCCUGUCAGUCAUCAUUAAGGGCAUAUACACUCACCUGAAGGAUUAUUAGGAACACCUGUUCAAUUUUUCAUUAAUGCAAUAAUUUAAUCAACCAAUCACAUAUCAGUUGCUUCAAUGCAUUAAGGGGUGUGGGCCUGGUCAAGACAAUCUUCUGAACUCCAAAUUGAAUGUCAGAAUGGGAAAGAAAGGUGAUUUUUACAAUUUUGAGCGUGGCAUGGUUGUUGGUGCCAGACGGGCCGGUCUUUCACAAUCUGCUCAGUUACUUGGAUUUUCACGCACAACCAUUUCCAGGGUUUACAAAGAAUGGUGUGAAAAGGGAAAAACAUCCAGUAUGCGGCAGUCCUGUGGGUGAAAAUGCCUUAUUGAUGCUAGAGGUCAGAGGAGAACGGGCCGACUGAUUCAAGCUGAUAGAAGAGCAACUUUGACUGAAAUAACCACAUGUUACAAUCGAGGUAUGCAGCAAAGCAUUUGUGAAGCCACAACACGCACAACCUUGAGGCAGAUGGGCUACAACAGCAGAAGACCUCACCGGGUACCACUCAUCUCCACUACAAAUAGGAAAAAGAGGCUACAAUUUGCACAAGCUCACCAAAAUUGGACAAUAAAAGUCUGGAAAAAUGUUGCCUGGUCUGAUGAGUUUUUUGCAUUUAUGUUGAGAAAUUCGGAUGGUAGAGUCAGAAUUUGGCGAAAACAGAAUGAGAAUAUGGAUCCAUCAUGCCUUGUUACCACAGGCUGGUGGUGGUGGUGUAAUGGUGUGGGGGAUGUUUUCUUGGCACACUUUAGGCCCCUUAAUGCCAAUUGGGCAUCGUUUAAAUGCCACGGCCUACCUGAGCAUUGUUUCUGACCAGGUCCAUCCCUUUAUGACCACCAUGUACCCAUCCUUUGAUUGGCUACUUCCAGCAGGAUAAUGCACCAUGUCACAAUGCUCGAAUAAUUUCAAAUUGGUUUCUUUAACAUGACAAUGAGUUCACUGUACUAAAAUUUCCCCCACAGUCACCAGAUCUCAGCCCAAUAGAGCAUCUUUGGGAUGUGGUGGAACGGGAGCUUCGUGCCCUGGAUGUGCAUCCCACAAAUCUCCAUCAACUGCAAGAUGCUAUCCUAUCAGUAUGGGCCAACAUUUCUAAAGAAUUCUUUCAGCACCUUGUUGAAUCAAUGCCACGUAGAAUUAAGGCAGUUCUGCAGGUGAUAGGUGGUCAAACACAGUAUUAGUAUGGUGCUCCUAAUAAUCCUUUAGGUGAGUGUAUAAGGCAGCCUUCGGGCCUCAGGUUUGCUCUCUCUGAAGGUUAAGAGCUCUGGUGCAAAGCUCCCUUUGAGGACAGGAAGCCAAGUUCGUUUACCAUUUACCAUUAAGAUCUGAAUGCGUAGGCAAACUAAUGAAUUAACAUUUAGUACAAGGAGUGCUACAAAACAAUUUCAAUGAAUCUGCAUUGUAAUUAAUUAGGUUAUUCAUUUGGUAAAACUCUGAAUAAAGAUAGACAUAUGUACACAUCAAUAGACCAAUUAGACAGUUUAAAAAUCCUUUUCACACCCAUAUGUGAAUAACUGGGUGGACUUAUGAUGUCACUGCAGAGCAUAGAGAAAGUGAAACUAACUUGAUGAACAACAUGAAGCUUUAAUAAUCUAAACGACUGUAUCGGUCUUUACCAACAGAAUGAUUUUUUAAGUCAUUGUAAGAUUGUAGUGAACACAGCUGAUACUCAUUUACAGAAGAUUUAUCAGGAGACAUGAGGAAGUGCAGUCCGUGGAUGUUCCUGCCCCUAAUGUUUUCUCUCUUCACAGCUGCUGGCCUCUGGGUUGUGUAUUUUAUUGCUGUAGAGGAUGAGAAAAUUUCCCCCCUAACUUCAGAGUACAAAAGGGAAGAAUCAAAGUCUCCUCCUUAUAUCAGCAUUGCUGGCAAUGCCCCUCCUGCAAGCUGCGUUUUCAGUCAGGUCAUGAACAUGGCAUCCUUUGUAGGAUUUAUCCUUGGAGUGCUGAGAUAUCUGCAGCUGAAACCUAAGGUGCAUAAACCCUGGCUUAACAUUGGCAGUUUAGUGGCUAUGUCCCUUGCCUGCUUCGGUAUGACACUAGUUGGGAAUUUUCAGCUGUCAAAUGACGAGGAGCUGCAUAAUAUUGGCACAUCCAUGACCUUUGGCCUAGGCACGCUCUUCUGUUGGGUACAGUCCUUUAUGACCCUGAAGGUCAACUUGAGAAAUGAAGGCAAACGAGCCGGCAUCCCCCGCUUCUUAUUGUCUGGAGCUGUCACUUCUUGCAUGCUGCUCUAUUUUGCUCUAAUGGCACAGCGGCUACACAUGCAUGCUGCCCGGGCACAGUGGGCUCUGGUUAUGUUCUUCCUGACAUACCUGGGCACAUUUGCCAUAGAGUUCCGUCAUUAUCAUUUUGAGAUAGUGUGUAGCGUAGACCAGGACCCUCCACUUAGCCUGUCUGAAACUUUCUCUGAGGUCUCAGAGUACCAAUCAGACCAGCUGUAGUCCAACUUCAAAAUGUCUGUCAAGUACGGUUUUGCAAGUUUCAGUCAUGCAUGUAAAUAGAAUGUAACCUCUCCAGACAAAUCUCUGGAUGAUUUUUCUGAAUGUCUAGAUAUGACUUUUAAAAGCAAGUGUCUUGCAAUGCACAAAGACUUACUGUGAUGUGUUUCCUGUUUAUUUGUGAAUCAAGCAUCAGAGACACUUACAAAAUAAGAGAAUAUAAAUACAGGAUGUUUUUCUUGGCACAUAUUGUCUUUUUACAAUUUAAGUUAUGCUUUCUUUAAUUUAAAUGGUUCAACAUAGUGUAGACACUAAUAAACUUUUUACAAUUUACAGUUAAAGGAAUAAUUCUUGUUUUGUGAUUACUUAUAUUUUUUCUCCAAAACAGUUUGUUGCUUUUUUAACACUGAACACAAAUUAAGAUUUUUAAGAAUUUUCAGGCCAAUUUUAAGAGUUUGCACUAACAUGUAAUCCUCAUAUGAUAAUGAAUGCAUAUUUGGUGUGGCCCAAACACAGAGUACUCCCCCCUCCUAGAUUGGGAUGGGUACCAGUCAAGAGUGAGGCAAAAUGGUGGCAGAAGAAUGCUGCCAAACUGUCACAUGACAACAAGUGAGGGGCAGCUAUUUAUACGGACCUCUUUUCAUGCUCCUGACCUGACUACCUGAACAAUGUU